AUGACUAUUUCCAAUGCGUUUCUCAUUAUUCUCUCAUUUUUCAUUAUUGAUUUAUCAUCCGAAAAUUUAUCAACGGAAAUUAUUCGAUUUCGAAGAUUUUAUUCAUCUUCUUCCUCAUCUUCAUCAAGAAUAGUUCGAGCAGCAACAGCUCGAAAAGAACGGAUAUGGCCGGAAGGAAUCAUCCCAUUUGUUAUCACUUCAAAUUUCUCUGGUUAGUUGCUAUGUGUUUGUGUUUUUGAACUUUUGUCUGCGGGUUUCAAAUUACUGAACAUGUGAGAGAAGAUGUCUAACAAGAUCAAUUUCCACACACAUCCUAGUUUUUUUCAGUUUUAAGUGCCAAUUAGAAAGAACUUUUUUCUGAAAAAAAUGCAUAGUAAAAAAGCAGAAGGAAAAAAGAAAAACUAGGCUCUUAAAAAUUUGCAUAAUCUUAUCUUAUUCAAAUAUAUUUUCAGGAGAACAUCAGCAUUUAUUUCUGCGAGCAAUGCGUCAUUGGGAAAAUUAUACGUGUGUUUCAUUUGUGCCAAAACAGCCACAUCAUAAGCACUAUAUAAUAUUCACAGUCGACAAAUGUGGGUGAGUAAUUGAAGUUAUUGAAAAAACGACAGAAUUGUCAAAAAAGUCGUGUAACAUGCACGCAACGAUAAAAUACACGUUGCACCACACAAUGAACACAACACGAACCAGAAAAAUUUAAUCAUCCAUCUUAAUCUUGUGUGUCCUUUUUUUGGACACAGAAAUAAUUAAACAACAUUUUUUUUUCAUUUUCACAGUUGUUGCUCAUACGUUGGUCGACGCGGUGAAGGUCCACAAGCGAUUUCGAUUGGCAAAAAUUGCGAUAAAUUCGGUAUAGUGGUUCACGAACUUGGUCAUGUUGUUGGAUUUUGGCACGAACAUACUCGACCCGAUCGUGAUUUGUAUGUUGAUAUUUUCUAUAAAAGUAUACAGACUGGCCAGGACUAUAAUUUUGAGAAAUCGAAACCGGAGGAGGUUGACUCGCUUGGAGAACCAUACGAUUUUUCGUCAGUGAGUUAUAAUAUUGUUUUUCAACAAUUUUUUUUCCUGUUUCAGAUAAUGCAUUAUGCCCGAGAUACAUUUUCUCGCGGUGCAUUUCACGAUACAAUUCUUCCAAAACCAAGUUCAGGUUUCCGAUCAGAAAUUGGUCAACGUAUUCAGUUGAGUGAAGGUGACAUCAGACAAACCAAAAAACUAUAUAAAUGUUUGGAAUGCGGUGGAACUUUGAUGCAAGAAUCUGGUAAUCUAGCAAUCACACAUACUGGAAAAUGUACCUGGCACAUAAUUGCACCACAAGGACACACUAUCUUCCUAAAUAUAACAGGUAAGUAAAUUGACCCUUGUUUUUGUUUUUUCCUGAUACUAACUGAUAACAUGUUUUUGUUUUCUCGAAAAAUGUAUUUUUCUUGAAAAAAAUAUCGACCAACCGAAAUAUAAUAUUUUUCGGAGAACAUUCAUAAAUUGUAUUCUAGAUGUUCUUUUAGUUACUUUCUUAUUCUCAUCUCCAUGACAAUAUCGAAAUUCACACGGCAAUUCUAGUGUUUUUCGAAAAAAGUUACAAUAUAUGACGUGUGUCUUAUUUUUUUUUGCAUUAUUUUCCCCCUGAUGAAAUCGCUGAAACGUUCUGAACAAACAAAAAGUCUUCAUUAAAAACCAUGUGAUAUACGAUUUUCAUUAAAUAUUUGAAAUUUGAACGUGAUUUAAUUAAAAAAAGGAUAAUAGAUGAAGACGAGAAGAAUCAAUUACAUAAUGUUUUAUUUGAUCUUAUCCUUUUCUUCAUUUUAUCCCUUUUUCUUUCCUUCUUUGUAUUUCUCUUGGUACACAGCUUCUCAAGCUCCGCCCAUUUCCAGGUUCAACCCUUUCAAAGCCUCAUUCGACAUGUUUUAUCGAGCAGCAGAAUGUGAUUAUGGUUAGAGAUGGCGUUUCAACAUCUUCAGCUUUACUUGAUCAAAUAUGUGGAGAUGAUAAUAGUUUUCGAACGAUUGCAUCGUCUGGUAAUCGAAUGAUGAUAAAUAUUCAAUCAACACUUCCAUCACCUAUACCUUUUGCUACAUAUUAUGCUAUCUGUGGUGGGCCAAUAUAUGCAAAUGAGGGAGUUAUUCAAAGUCCAAAAUAUCCGGAAUCAUAUCCGCCUAAUAGUGAUUGUCAAUGGACUAUUCAAGUUGAUGAGGAUAGUCAAGUGGCAAUUGAAAUUGUAUAUUUUCAUGUGAGUUUUACCUAGACAAUCAGAAAUAGGAUACACUUUUGCUAAAUGUUUUUGAUUGACAACAGCAAGUUUAUUUCAUCACCUUGUUUUCGUGUGCAAACAAUUAACACAAGUCUUUCAUCAUAUUUCUCAUUUUUGUUGAACUCCUCUUGAUAUUAUAUAAAUCAAAAUAUAUUGUUUUUUUAAAGUAUGUGCCUGAUUGCUGUAACCUUUCUUUCAUCUUGUUACGAUUUUUUGAGUUUAAUAACCUUUCAUCUCUCUUUCCUUACUUAUGAGAACGUGUUAGAUUUGUUUUUUUUCAGUUAGAACAACAUAAAGAAUGUAUAUAUGAUCGAUUGAUAUUAUCUGAAAGUGGAAAAGAGAAAGAUCAAUCGAGUGAAACACUUUGUGGAAUUAUUGAAACAAAAACAUAUGUUAGUAAAAGCAACCAACUUUCUCUUCGAUUUUUCUCGGAUAACUCGGUGCAAAAAACUGGAUUUGAAUUACGCUUUUCAAAAGAGUUGAAUGAAUGUGCAACAGAUAAAAAUAAUUGUGAACAUUAUUGUUCAAAUAUUGUUGGCGGUUUCAAAUGUUCAUGUCGUGUUGGUUUUAGUUUGAGUGAUAAUGGUUAUAGUUGUGAAACUACUUGUGGCGGAUUUUUGAAAUCAUCAAAUGGCUCGUUUUCGUCUCCAAAUUUUCCCGCAAAAUAUCCAAACUCAAAAACAUGUGUUUGGGAAAUUGAGGCAGAAACUGGAUAUCAUAUAUUCCUCAACUUCACAAAAUUCAAUGUAGAAGGAUUGCGAACUGAAUGUGCUUAUGAUUAUGUAAAAAUUGGAGAUAGUGAAAAACUAUGUGGAGAAUAUCGUAAGACAUUUAUUUUUAAUAUAAGAAAAAGAACGAAUAUUGUUUUUAGAUGAACCUUUGAUUUUCACAACGCCUCAAAAUCGUGUGAGAAUUGAAUUUAGCUCUGACUCAUCGGUCGAAAGAGAUGGAUUUUUUGCAAAUUUUAUUGCCGAUUUUGAUGAAUGUCAAUAUGAUAACGCGGGAUGUGAACAUUCUUGCCAAAAUCGAUUGGGUGAGCAAAAUAUAUGACUAAUCCGAAAAAAAAUUCCAUGAAAUUGUAGGUUCUUAUAUUUGUACAUGUAAUGCUGGAUUCAUUCUGUCUGAAGAUAAACAUAAUUGUAAAGAAGGAAGUUGCUUUUUUGAACUCAAUGCACCAUCAGGUAUUCUUUCUUUGAUUAAAUGUCGUUGAAAAAACACAAAUAUUUUUUUUAGGUGAAAUCAAUUCUCCCAGUUUUCCAAGUGAUUAUCCAAAAAGCCAAAAUUGUUCCUGGCAUUUUGUAACAACACCAGGACAUCGACUUAUGCUGGUAUCACAUACUUUCGAAGAUUUUCUAAAAUAAAUCAUAUUUUCAGACAUUUUCAACAUUCCAAGUUGAGGAGCAUUCCCAAUGUAAAUAUGAUGCAGUUUCAGUUUUUGAUGGUGGUGAUUCUGAUGCAGCUUUAGCUGGAGUGUUUUGUGGACUUUUGCCACCUCCAUUAUUGUUAUCUAGUUUGAAUGAAUUGUAUUUGACAUUCACUUCAGAUGCUUCAGUAUCUCGAAGAGGUUUUCAAGCACAAUAUUCAUCAGGUUUUCUUUUUUUCAAAAUUUUAAUAAUAUCGAUAUUAUUAUCCAAUUUUUCAGUUUGUGGUGGUCGUUUGAUCGCUGAAUCAACUCCUGGUCAUAUCUAUUCACACGCGACAUUUAGUGACAGCAAAUAUGGAAAAAACCAGGUUAGAAAAUCAUCAAACUCCCAGACAGAUGUAUGACAAACAAUGUCAUUUUUUGUUCAGGACUGCUCUUGGAGUGUUUCAGCAAAAAAUGCAGGACGUGGAGUUCGUCUACAUUUUUCAACAUUUAAUCUAGAAGCCGAAGAUGAUUGUCAUUAUGAUUAUGUUGAAGUUUAUGAUGGAUCAGAAGCAAACCCUGAUAUGUUAUUUGGAAGGUUUUGUGGAGAUACGAUACCGGAGAUAAUAACAAGUACAGGCUCUGAAAUAUUAUUAGUUUUGCACACGGAUAACGCGGAAGAAGAGAAAGGUUUUGUUGCUGAAUAUCGAGAAUCAUCAAGAUCAACAAGGCGUCGAAUAUCAAAAAUACAUUCUGAAGUUUCAAGGAGACCAAAAGAACCCAUCAAUGAGCAAUUCAAACAAUAA